GAUGUCAUCAUUCUUGGGAGAGCCAAUUUGUGGCUCGAACUUUACUUUCAGAACAGAAGUUUGCCUCAGUUCAACCGCGGUAAUGUCAAUAGUUGCUUCCGCGACUGUUGUAGGCAACUUUCUGCUGCUAUUGACUAUUUACCUCAACUAUCGACGUCUUUUUCGCACUCCUUCUACAUUUUUAAUCGCAAACCUUGGCUUUUCAGAUUUGCUUGUCGGCUUGCUGGUUGGUUUCCCCGUCGCUGUGAGAGAUGUAUACCGUUAUCAUGGUGCUAGUCUCGAAGGAAUCACGGAAAUCAUACAAGUUUGUGGGGGGCUGACGAUGUUUGUGAAUGGUUUCUCUAUCAUCGCAUUGUCGGUGGAUCGAUACAUUGCCGUGUCAGACCCGAUGCGAUACCGAUUGAGAGUGACAAGGAAACGAAUCAAGAUAUUUUUCACUCUGUUGUGGAUUUCUUCAGCUUUAUUGUGUUGUUUACAAUUGACGGGUAUUGACAAGAAAGUUUACGUCACUAUUUAUCUGCACACCCAUGCUACAAUUCCCAUAUUUGUUCUGACAGCGGUCUGCAUUAAAAUGUUCCAAGCCCUUAAGAGUCAUCGACAGGAGAUGCAAACUCUGAGAAAUUUUUCAUUUCUAAAAAGGCAGGAAAUGGAACGAGAGCGAAAAAUGGCUAAAACAGUUUUCAUAAUUUUAGUGCUAUUUUAUCUAACUUUGCUUCCGUCGUACAUCACAUUGCAUGUCGUGCAUUUGUACCGUGGCUCUAAUUUUGAACUAAGAUCAAUAUUUCGCCAAGUCGAUUUUAUAGCCACCAGGUUCUUGUUUUUGAACUCUGCAAUCGACCCAUUUGUUUACGCAUGGAGAAUCCCUAAGUAUCGCGAAGGUUUUACGAAGAUUGUGUCUUUUGUGAGGCAUCGAAAAAAAACCGAAAAGAUUUCUAAGGGGAAUGACGUUGUAGUGACGAGAAAUGAUGAAGAACUGUCGGUUCAAGACACUUAUCUGUAG